ACCUAUAAUGGGGGGAAUUCUGUAGAGCCUCAUAGUUUUGGCGUCUUACUAUUGAUCCAAGCUCCGUCCAGGUUGCAAUGUGGGCUACCGAAUAACUUCUAUCGGGGCGCUUCAUGAUUGCUAGGUGCGGGUGAUUACACUUAAUUCAAUGGUGUGCUCUGAGCACAGCGUUAAAGGUGUUGCCUUACGCCAUGAGCAGCAGCUCCCUGGUUCUAGAAUCACAGCCGGCUCAGCUGUUAGGACGAACUUCUUGGUGGACUUACUACCACUGCCAUCCUGCUGUUGAUUCUAUUUGAGGAGGGACGCUCAGCUAUAAAAGCAGUGAGGACUCGGAGCCCUGGUAUCUUCACAUCCUGCCCGCCCCGUCCCCAUCUUAUAGCACUAAUGAGUUCUCAGAACGAGAGCGGUUUCGGAGACAUGUUUCAACGUUCAUUUGAAGAGACUAAAAUUACGUUUUCUUUUGAUCAACCUCAAGAAACCUUCGACAACAACUACCACGAUGGAAUGUACCUGGGUCAAACUUUUGACAAUGCUGGCUUUGGUAGCGGCGACUCGGGUUAUUCUUCUUUGUUUAGUUCCCCUGAAAUGGGGAGACUUGACCUUCCGACUUUCAAUGAUUACGACGCCAAUAGUAUCAAGAGCUAUGAGUUAUCUCCUACGUUGUCGCGGUCACCUACAGGAACCUUCCUUGAGCUUCCCCCAGCCCGUUACGGAGGCAGAAGAAAGUCAGAUUCGUUCGCAGAAAAUCCGUUUCCCUCUCCGAGCGAUCUUCGACGACGCCUCUCCGCUCCCUCUCUCAGCAAUGGUCACGGCCAGCGGCAGAUCUCAGAUAUCUCGCACGGCGUUGGGAGGAUGUCUUUGGGAAUCGAUACGACUGGUAUCUUCGAAGCAUCGAAGCGAGGUCUCACGUCAGCGUUUUCCACCGACUCUCUUUCGCCGUCGUAUGGUGUUAGUACUGCAUCCUUGAUUCCAAUACAGACACAGCUGCCCGAUAAUCUCCCUUUCUGGCCGACCCCGACGCCUUCCCCCAUCUCUCCUUGUUCUCCUCUCCCGCCGGUAGAUGAUACGUUAGGGAAGGAUCGCCUCAAGAAAAGUAACUCGCGGUCGCGAAAAGCGAAGGCAGCUAGCCUGCGGCGAAGGAAGGUACAGGGACCUGGAGAGUUUGUAUGCGAUGUUUGUGGUGAUGAUUUCACCACGAUGCAUAGGCUUCAAGGACACAAGGAGUCGGAGCAUGAAGGAGUCAUAUUCCGAUGUGAGGCGUGUAGUGUCGAACUGCGCCACCGAACAUCCUACAAUCGCCAUGUCAAGAAAACUUGUCUUGUACUGAAUCCUCGCGACACGAAAAAGUGACAACGGAUUCAAUUGAACUUACACCAUUUACAUUCAUUAUUUAACAGUGUUACAUUAUGACAUACACUCGGGCCUAAUUAAUAGUCUUAAGUUUCCAUACAUCAUUACAACCUUAGGUACCCGUCAAUACGCUCGGAAUGUAGUUUUGCAUACCAACGGGCCUUUAAUGAUUCACUCUGAACACAGCGUUAGCCAACAGACUCGAUCGAUGAUCGGCGAGCGUCGGUUUUUUUUACAAAUUUUCAACGAUCAAUGCCAUAAUUGUGCCCCGGUGCCCCCCCUCCCCCAAUGGCCCUUAAAGUUAUGAGCACUAGCAGAGGAUCUCGGACACCUCGUGGAAUGUUAGGAAGAUGUUCUUUGAAAAUCGAGACAGCGAAGUGAGAGUAGCCAAUCAUCAGUAGUAAUAAGUUCGUUGAAACGGCCAAGGCGGCCCG